AUGUCUCCCAUCGCUCCUGUUCCCGUCGCGCUCAUCGGUCUCGGUGGCGUCGGCAAGGCCAUUCUCAGCCAGCUCCUCACGCCUCCUCUCGCCAGCAAGUUCAACGUUGUCCUCAUCGCCAACUCGCGCCUGGCUCUCUCCCUCCCUGCUGCCACCGGCGAGGCUGUCACUGCCGCCAACUUCCUCCCCACCCUCGAGGCCCAGGGCAAGCCCUAUGACGUCCCCUCGAUUGUCAAACUCCUCGCCUCGCACGCCGACGGCAAGGGUGUCCUCAUCGACUCUACUGGCUCGGACGACGUCCCUGCCCAGUACCCCGCCAUCCUCGCUGCCGGCGUCCACGUUGUGACCCCCAACAAGAAGGGUCUCUCGGGCACCCAGCAGCUCUACAGCGACAUUCAGGCGGCCUCGUUCCCCAACACCCGCUCGCUCCUUUACGGCGAGUCGACUGUUGGUGCCGGUCUCCCCAUCCUCUCCACUCUCAAGGACCUCGUCGGCACUGGCGACGAGAUUGUCAAGAUUGAGGGUGUCUUCUCCGGAACCCUCUCGUACAUCUUCAACGAGUACAGCAAGGUCGAGGGCGGCGACGUCAAGUUUUCCGACGUUGUCCUUAUCGCCAAGGACAAGGGCUACACCGAGCCCGACCCGCGUGACGACCUGAGCGGCACCGACGUUGCUCGCAAGCUCACCAUUCUCUCGCGCCUGAUCCCGGGCACUCCGGUGCUCGCCGAGGGCUGCUUCUCGGUGCCCACCCAGUCGCUUGUCCCGCCUGUCCUGGAGAACGCCUCCACCAAGGACGAGUACCUCCAGCGCCUUGCCGAGGGUGACGAGUACUUUGCCGCCCUCCGCGAGGAGGCCCGCAAGGAGGGCAAGGUCGUCCGCUACGUCGGUGUCAUUGACCCCAAGGCCGGCAAGGUCGAGUGCAAGCUCGGCAAGUACGACUUUGACCACCCCUUCGCCACCGCUCUCAAGGGCAGCGACAACAUCAUCUCGUUCACCACCAAGCGCUACUCGCCCCAGCCCCUCCUCGUCCAGGGUGCCGGUGCCGGUGCCGACGUUACGGCCAUGGGCUGCACGUCGGACCUCCUCCGCAUCUACGAGCGUCUCCGCACCGUCGCCUAA